AUGUAUAAUUCCAUUGUAGUGAAAUUAUCUAAUGUAUGGAAUCAGUCAAAGAGAAAUUUAUUAAAAAAGGAAUUUUGCUCAAAUAACUUUGAGUAUAGUUCACCUAAUAUAAUUUUAAAAUAUAAAAAUACACCAAUUAUUGCAAAAAAUAUUGAAAAAAAUAAAAAUUCUAAUUCUUGCCAAAAUUUUCCUGAUAAUAAUGAUGAAUUUUUUGAAUUGAUUAAAAAAAGUUUUAAAGAUAGUAAAAAUGAUUUAAGCUUAUGGAAUAGUUAUUGUAGAGAAACUAUGUAUAGAAUAAAUGAAAAAAAUAUUCAUCCUAAAAUUAUUACUAAUUUAUUUUCCUUUUUAUCAUAUACUGAUUAUAAAAAUGACAGAAUUAUUAGCGAAAUAUUAAAUCGUUGUAUUUUUCGUUUAGAAGAAUUUGAUUUAAUUCAUAUAUGUUCUUUAAUUAAUUCGUUAGGUAAAAUGAAUUUUAGAAAUACAUACUUCUUAGAUGAAGCAAAAAAGAAAAUAAUUAGUGAAAAUAACUCUUAUUUUGAAAAACAUUCACCACAUUAUAUCUGUCUUUUGAUAAAUAGUUUAAUAAAAUUGCAUAUUCGUGAUGAUGAAUUUUUCAAUUUCUUAUUAGAAAAAAUAUGCAGCAGAAAAGUGGAAGAAUACAGUUUGCUAGGUUUAAGUCUUUUAUUAUAUAAUAUUUCAAAAUUAAAAUAUAAAAAAUAUUAUAAUUUAUUUUCUUUAUUUGAAUGUCAUAUAAUAAAACAUAAAAAAGAUUUUGGUGUUAUACAAAUAGUAAAUAUUUUGAGUGCUUAUAGUAGUACUAAUUUAUUAAAAGAUUUUUUUUUGAUUCAAAUGUUGGAUCAUAUAAAUAAGCAACUUCAUUUUUGCUCUCUUCAUCACUUAAUAAGACUAUUAAAUAUUUCUUUUUUAUAUGUUUCCAAAAGAGAAAAAUAUAACGUUUUACUUGAUAUUAAUAUAAAAAAAAUAUGUGAAAUAAGUGCUUAUAUAAUAAAGGAAAUAUAUAUAAAAUUAAACAAAUGUAAAAUGAAAGAUAUUAUUUUAUUGUGUUCUACUUUAAGUAUGUAUAAAGGGGUGGUGCAAAAUAAAGACAAUCCAAAUUUUAAUUUUUUACAAAUUAUUGAUGUAAAUGAGUUAUUUGAAAAGAUAACUCUAAAUAUAAAGAAAUUUAUACACUCUUACAAUAAUGUUGAGUUAUCCUUAAUUUUUUAUUGUUAUUCUAUUUAUGGAAUACAUGAUAUUAUUUUGUUUAAUUAUAUAAAAUUAAGAAGUUUAAGAAUUUUUUCAACUUUCGAUGAAAAAACAUUUUCUUAUUUGUUUAAAGCGUUUAAAAAUAUGAAUAUCAAAGAUAUUGUAUUUGAAAAAUCAUGCAUAAACAAAAUAUUAGAAAUUAAAGAAUUUAAUUCAAUAAAAAAUUUUUGUAUAACAUUAUCAGCUUUUUCUAAAGUAAAAUAUGAGCAAAAAUUAGAAAUUGCAGAUUUAUUUUUUAUAAAUUUUGAAAAAUUCAUGAUAAAUUUUUAUGGAAAAAAAAAUAACUUACUCUACCUAUUCCAUAGAAAAGACAAAUUAAGUUAUGAUUUUAAAAAUGACCAAAAUGAAAAAAAAUUUAAUUUUUCCAUUUUAAACAAAGACAUAAAGAAUUAUUUAAUUGAAAUGCAAAAUGAGACAAAAGAAGAGACAACUAAAGAGAUCCAUGAAAAGGUAAAUAGUGAAGAGUUUGACAAUGGAGAAAAUAAUAAAAAUAUAAAAAAAAUAAUAAAUAAAGAAUUAAAUAAAAAUAAAAGUGAAAAAAAAAUUGAAAAAAAAAUUGAAAAAAUCAAUGGGAAUAUUAUAAGUUUGGUAGUGUUUCUUUUCUCUAAGAUAACAAGUUUUAACGCAACAAAUUUAAUAAAAUUACUAAUUUAUCAAUUUGAAAAUUAUAAAGAUGAUUUAUCAACAGAAAAUUGCAUAAGUAUAUUAUUAUCUAUUUCUAAUCUUUCUGUAAAUAUGAAAAAUGAAGAAAAUAAGCAAUAUUGGAAAUCAUAUUAUAAUUUUGUUAAUUAUUUAGUGAAAAAAAUUUUAAUAAAUAGUGAUUUAUACAAGAAUAAAUCUUUUCUAAUCAAUUUUUUAAAUGGUUGUGGGAAAAUUUUUCAUUCUUUUAAUAAUUGUAUAAAAAUAGAUGAAAAAAAAGAUUUUUAUCUCAAAAAUAUAUUAGACAUUCUAAUAAAAUACAUAUAUCCGCACAUUAAUGAAUUAAGUAUAGGUGAAAUUGGUAUUCUAAUGGAGAGUUUAAAUAAAGAAAAUUAUUCUUAUGAAGCAAUUAAUAUAAUAUUAAAAAAUGAUUCUAAUUUAUUUUUCUCUAAAUUAUUACAAAGAUGUAAAUUAUUAUUAGAUGAAAAAAGUGCAAAUAAUAAAAAUGUUAUAAUCAUUAUGAAUAAUUUAAUAAAGAUUGAAUUUUUUGAUAAAUGUCUAUUUAAUUUAAUGAUUAAAAAUUGCAUUCUGCAACAUUUUUGCUUAACGUCAAUAAAUUUUAUAUCUCAAGCGAUCCAUUAUAUAUGUUCAUAUGUUUUAUUAAAAGAUCACAUUAUUUUAACUAGGAAAAAAUAUCUUUUAAAAUUUUUAUUAAAAAAGUUGUAUGAAUUACUUAUAAAUGAAGAAAUUGUUUUUUAUUCUGAUAAUAAUAAAUUAACUAUAUUAAAAAAAAAGCAUUUGGAAAAAUUAUCAAAUGAUAUUUUAUUUAUUAAAUCUUUUAAACUCCUUUAUGAAUCAUUUUUAAUAAUAUUAUUUCAUAUUUUUGACAUAAAUUUUAUCCUAAAAAAAUCAGAAACGAAAUGUUAUUAUAACAACAAUUAUUACAUGUUAAGUUUAUUGAACGAUGUUUUCAUGCUACGUUUAUGCUUAGUAAUUUUUACAAUGGCAGAUAUUUUGAAAAAAAAAUACGCUAUCAAAGAUAAUAAAAGUUACUCUAAUAUUAUAAAAGAGGUACAUAAAAAUAUGAAUGAUAUUAAAAUUAAAAGUGAAUAUAUAUCUGUUGGCUUCUUUCAAAUAUUAACUAUAAAUAUCUAG